AUGCCGCACGAAGAGAAGGACCACCCCGAUGUAGAGGCGUGCAGUGAGAGUCAACAUGAUGAUUCCGAACAAGGCCCAACAUCUGCUUUUCAGCAAUUGGCUAUACUAGAUCGCUUCCUUGCGGUCUGGAUCUUCCUUGCCAUGGCUGUCGGUAUCAUUUUAGGGAACUUUGUUCCUAAUACGAGCAAAGCGCUGGAGAGGGGGAAGUUUGUAGGCGUUUCUGUGCCUAUUGCUAUCGGUCUCUUGGUCAUGAUGUAUCCCAUCCUGUGUAAAGUGAGGUUUGAGACGCUCCAUCGGUCAUUCCGGGAGAAAGGACUCUGGGUCCAGGUCGGAUUCAGCAUCGUCGUCAAUUGGAUUAUAGCUCCAUUUUUCAUGCUUGGUUUGGCCUGGGCCUUUCUCCCUGACGAAAGAGGUCUUCGAGAGGGCCUGAUCCUUGUGGGUAUCGCUCGAUGUAUUGCCAUGGUCCUUGUCUGGACAGGACUAGCAGGAGGUGAUGGAGAAUACUGCGCAAUUUUGGUGGCCAUUAACUCGAUCUUGCAAAUGGUGCUCUUUGCACCCCUCGCGACCUUUUUCAUCCGCGUUAUUGGCGGAGUGAACCACGGUCUAACAAUCGACUAUUCGCUGGCCGCAAAAAGCGUCGGCGUAUUCCUUGGUAUCCCCUUGGGAGCAGCCAUCGUCACUCGUCUCUGUCUCAGGUUCCUGAUCAGCAGGGAGUGGUACGAUAAGCAUUUUCUGAAAUGGAUCAGCCCACUGUCCUUGAUCGGUCUGCUUUUCACCAUCUUGGUUCUAUUUGCGUCGCAGGGACAACAUGUGGUCCACCAGAUCGUAUCUGUUAUCCGGGUGGCGGCUCCUUUGGUUGUCUACUUUGCUGUUAUUUUUGGUGUCACUCUUGCCGUAACACGGCGCUGCGGUUUCGGGUACAGGUUGUCUUGCACGCAAAGUUUCACUGCUGCCAGCAACAACUUUGAACUCGCUAUCGCGGUCGCAAUAGCAACAUUUGGCGUAGACAGUGACCAGGCUUUGGCUGCAACGGUUGGGCCCCUCAUUGAGGUCCCGGUGCUUCUAGGAUUAGUAUAUGUGGUCAAGUGGGUUGCAAGAAGACAGAAGUGGACCCCUUAG